GGGGGUCGAUAUGGCCCAGCUGCAGGAGGCAACAACAACUACGAUCCCUAUAGCAGCAGACAAAGCAGCGGCAGUCGAGACAAGAUGAUUGUCGCACAUGGUGUGCUUGCUGCACUUGCCUUUGUCAUGUUUUUCCCCAUCGGAGCCAUCAUGAUUCGCCUGGGCUCCUUCCGCGGUGCAUGGCUCUUUCAUGGUCUGUUCCAAAUGUUCGCAUACAUUGUAUACAUUGUAGCAUUCGGAAUCGGCAUAUGGAUGAUCAACAGCUUCCCCGUAAAUCUACUUGAUAGAUACCAUCCGAUCAUUGGAAUCGUGGUUUUUGCCCUGCUGUUCUUCCAACCCAUCCUCGGAUUUAUUCAUCACCAUCAAUACAAACGGUACAGCCGACGAACUGUUUGGUCAUAUGGGCAUAUCUGGCUUGGUCGUAUUGCUAUCACGCUGGGUAUGAUCAACGGAGGACUUGGUAUGCUCCUUGCAAGAGAGGCACCUGCCUUUCUUGACUUUGUGCCUACUCGAGGUCAGGUCACUGCGUACAGUGUUAUCGCGGGCAUUAUGUGGUUACUUUGGAUCGUAGCCGUCGUUGUUGGGGAGAAGAGAAGAAGCAGGACCCAGAAGGAGCUCGCAAAAACAAACGAGAACGGCAUGCCACCUCCGUAUAAAGAGCACGAG